AUGGAAGGGUUGAACACAACCACGAUAACAGAGUUCAUUCUUCUUGGGAUCACUGACCUCCCAUGGCUCCAAAAAAUCAUAUUUGUUCCAGUUCUCAUCUUUUAUCUUCUUGACAUAUUAGGAAAUCUCACCGUUGUUUUCCUUGUGUUCCGAGAUAUUUCUCUUCAUUCUCCAAUGUAUUUUUUAUUGGCCAACCUAUCUUUUGUAGAUAUCUGCUUCUCUUCAGUCACAGUUCCAAAGAUGAUGGUUGGGUUCUGGAAGGAAAACAAAAUUUCAUUUGAAGGUUGCAUUGCCCAGAUGUAUUUCUUUCACUUCCUGGGGUGUACAGAAGGGAUUAUUUUGGCUUCCAUGGGUUAUGAUCGCUAUAUUGCCAUCUGCCAUCCUCUUAGAUACAAUGCUAUAAUGGGGAAGAUGAUUUGUGUUCUGUUUGUGCUCAUUUCAUGGCUGAUUGGACUUACCACUUCAUUGGUUCAUGCGAUCAUGACAUCCAAGGUACUGUUUUGUGGAAAAUAUUUUGUUAAUCAUUACUUCUGUGAUGUGGCUCCUUUGUUAAGCCUAUCUUGCGGAGACAUAACUCUCACAGUUACUAUAAAUUCUUAUGUUAGUGGUUUUACCAUUAUGUUUAGCCUGGGGACUGUUGUUAUCAUGUACAUCAAUAUCAUAAUUACAAUCAUGAAGUUAAAGACUAACACAGGACGAAGGAAGGCAUUCUCGACGUGCUCUUCACACAUAACUGUGGUGACACUUUACUGUGGCACGGCAUUCGCUAUGUAUUCUAGCCCCAAAAACACUCAAACUAUGGAAUAUGACAAAAUGAUUGCUCUCGUAUAUACUAUGUUAAUACCUUUCCUAAAUCCAGUUAUAUACAGUCUUAGAAAUCGAGAAGUUAUGUCAGGUCUAAAAAGAGGAUUUCAAAAGAUUUUAAUUCAGAUUAGUAGAUAG